AUGUCCGGUGGAACUAUUAUGGAUACAAUGACAUCUAUGCCGCAUCAAAAUGACCAAAAUGUUAUUAGACAUUUAACGAAUUUGGUAAAAUCGCCAGCUUCUGGUGAUGCUGACAUUAAAAAGAAGGAAGAAUCGAUUAUGGAGCUUGGAAAUAUGCUCGCACAGAAUAAGCAGACUGAAGAAUUGCGAAAGAUGAUUGAACAAACCCGACCGUUUUUGGUCUCGCUUGGAAAAGCAAAAGCAGCAAAGCUUGUUAGAGACUUGGUUGAUCUGUGUUUAAUGAUUGACGGUCAAGAUGGAGAUAUUAAAGUUGAAUUGGUGAAAGAAUGCAUUCAAUGGGCUACCGAGCAGAAUCGUACGUUUCUGAGGCAAACGCUCACCGCUCGUCUUGUACGCCUCUAUAACGAUUUACAGAGAUUUACACAAGCGCUUCCUGUUGCCGCCGAUCUUAUUCGUGAAUUGAAAAAGCUCGACGAUAAGGAUGUGCUUGUCGAAGUCGAACUCGAGGAGAGCAAAGCGUUCUACAAUUUGGGAAAUAUUGGAAAAGCUCGCGCUUCGUUGACCGGAGCUCGUACUACAGCUAACGCCAUUUAUGUGAAUCCAAGAAUGCAGGCCGCUCUUGAUUUACAAUCUGGUAUACUUCACGCCGCCGAUGAAAAAGACUUCAAAACCGCAUUUUCAUAUUUCUACGAAGCAUUUGAAGGAUAUGACUCGGUUGAUGAGACGGGAAAUGCACUUUUGGCUCUCAAAUACAUGCUCCUCUGCAAGGUCAUGCUCGAUGUUCCUGACGAGGUAAACGCAUUAUUAUCGGCGAAAUUGGCACUGAAAUACAGCGGAAGCGAUUUGGAAGCGAUGAAAGCCAUCGCCGCUGCUGCGCAGAAACGAUCGCUCGCUGAUUUCAAUUCAGCGUUUGGUGCCUACCCACAAGAGUUGCAGAUGGACCCGGUUGUCCGAAAACACUUUCAUUCUCUCAGCGAACGAAUGCUCGAAAAGGAUUUGUCGAGAAUAAUCGAGCCGUAUUCGUAUGUUCAAAUCGAGCAUAUCGCCAAGCAAAUUGGAAUUGACAGAUCAAAAGUUGAGAAGAAGCUCUCGCAGAUGAUCCUCGACCAGAAAUUGUCAGGAUCCUUGGAUCAGGGUGAAGGAAUGCUCAUCGUGUUCGAUUUUGCUGCUCCAGACGAGGCUUAUCAGACGGCACUCGACACGCUCCACGCGAUGGGAGAAGCUUUCAACAUUUCGGGUGUUACGCGUGCCCCCUACGGCAGAGGACCGAGAGGUACCCUCUGCAAAAUGCCGAUCGGUUAUGUCAUGAAUCGUUGUUCAUUGGCAUAUGUCGAUUACUUAUUGCAACAUACGAGUAUUCAUCGUGGAAAAUCGAUUCAGUACAUGUUUCAACGACUAACAGUAGUAUGCGGACGCGCCUCAAAUGCUGUUGUUGAGCACGCGGCGACAAUCAUUCUUUCCGCUUUUCGAUUUUCGGUCAUCGAAGCGCCUGCCAAAAAAUUUCUUGAUGAAACGACGGCGAUGAAUCUUCUGAUGACGAUCACCGACUACGUUUCGCAAGAACACGCCGAUAGAAGUGAGGUCGAGAUCCGAGGAGCACGACGAUUGUUCACCGUUAUCUGCGACACGAUAAUCAAAGACGUCAGCGAGUUGGACGAAUCGCAUUCGAUGCCAAUUAUUCGCGAAUUUGUGAAAAAGGUCAUCGGAUAUUUCAACUCGCCGCAAUCGGUGGCGCUCCUCAAUCGUCUCACGUCGGACCCUCAAAUCCGGAAAGCGCUUCAACCGGUGUUUGUGCGAUUCCUCGAGUUUUCAGGAGCUGAUUGGUAUGCGACUAUAGCCUCAUCGAAUUUUGAACCGCUGGUUCUCAUCGAGAUCAUCGCCAAUUACCUAGCGAAAGAUCCAAAGGACGUUGGCAUCAACUGCUCGUGCGAUCCGCUCGUUCUUUUGCAGUAUCUCAUUCAGGCGAGCAACGAGCGCAACGGCGAGCUCAUUCAAGCGCUCUCGUUUUUGCUCUACUCGAAAGCGCGCGAUUUGGACGUCGAUCUUGCACCCGACAGAAUGGAAGGACAACCCGAAGGGGCUCUUCUCUCAAAAGUGUGCCCGACAAGACCGAUUUUCGACGCGUUGGACGAUGUUCGCCGCGACAAUCUUGUCCGCCGAUUGGAGAUCAAUGGAACGAUAAUCACGGAGAGUGUUGACCAUUUCAUUGAAGAGUUAAAGUCGUGCCCGAUUCAAACGAACCUGCUCACGAAUCGAUCUGUCGGACAAGGCCUCUUGUACAUGUGCACAACGGCUUAUGAGCUCAGUCUUGCGGUUAAAAUGGACAAGCAUCGAGGAGAAGAGAUUCGGAACGGCGAUCCAUUGCAUUCGUGGGACGGCGAGGUGUUCGUGAAGGCGAUCAACGAAUACGCGGUUUAUAGGGAUCAACAAGAAGAGAAAAUCGCUUGGGCUGAUGUCAUCAAGGAACUCGAUUCGGAGGAGCUGAUUUGCGACGAGAGCGUCCUUCAGCUUUUGGCCGAUGUAUUCCGAACAGCGUUCCCAGACAACACGUUCCCAGUUAGCUUCAUUUACACGCCGUGGAAGAAUUUGCACGCGCAUGUCAGCUUCCUUCAUAGUAUAAUUCAAUAUGCGUCGAUUUUGAAUUUGGCUGAUUAUCCGCACACGCCGGUCGUAACGUCGGCGCACAAUUUGAAAACGACACUGGAUGAGAGCAAUCCGCACAUUGCCUCGUGGAAUUGCCUUGAAUUUACUAACACUCUAUUUCGAAUGGUCCACCCUGAAGGCGAUAUGCACGAAUGCGCCGAGAAAAUCAUCGAAUUCGGCUUCUCAUUUUGCCCCGAAAUUGUCAGUUUGGCGGUUUUGCAAUCGACGGCGCCUUGGCAUGGUCCGAGAAUCGAGUUGGCCAAAAGAAUUUUGCCCGCGUUGAUUAUGACCAACACCAACGCGGUGCCGAUUUUGAAUUUUGCGUGGAACGAUGCUCAAAUCCAGAAGCACGCUCGACCGUUGAUUGUCAACGCGUUUGCUAGUCUCUACUCGCCGGACGACAAUCAAAAGUUGGCGCGCAUUCUCGACAUUGCACAUGAGAUCAAACCGGCGGGACUUUCGGAGGUGCUGGCGCUUUCCGGAAAAAAUUUGCCGUUUGUCAUCGAUCUCGCGGUGAUGGCGUCGAAACGCGAUUAUCUGAAACUCGAGAAAUGGCUUGAAGACAAGGAAGCGGUUCAGGGUGAGGCGUUGACGAACGCGGUGCUCGCGCACUUGCAGAAGCGCUACAAACCGCCGCAACUUUUGGCGGCGAUUGCGGCCGACGCGAGUCCUGGAAGCAAUUCGUUGCCGAUUGGGCAACUUCUCAAGUUUGCCAAUGCGAAAGCGACGACGGCGAUGAAGAAGCAAUAUUCGCCGGUGUUCCAGGUAAUGAAAGAGAACUCGGGUAGAAGUUCGUCUGUCUCAUCGGCAGGCGGACGAAAUUCAGUUCAAAUUGGACCAGCGGUGUUCGGUUCGGGUCCUCCACCUCCGGUACCGGCACCAGCUCCACAAGACCAACGAAGUAAUGGUACAAUUCAACCGCCUCGAGGGGUUCCUUUCCCGCCAGCGCCUGGAACAAACUUCCCAGCGCCUGGACAGCCAGCACAUAUACUGGGGCAGCCUAUGCAGCCUACCGGAAUGAUGAUGAGUAUGUUUGGAACGGGAACUCGCGACAUAUUAAAAUGCGUUCAACCAACGCCGCCGCCGCCGCCUUCCAUGUCGCCAUCUAAUAAUAUGCUUCGCUCGCAGAUUCCACCGGUGACCCAACGACAGAAUUCAUCGUCGGGUGGUUGGCAUGGAGCUCCCGGGGCGCCCGUCAAUCGGCCACCUGGUGCGGCGACGCCAUCGCAACACAUGGAGUUUAGGCAAAUCCCGCAAACUGGAGUGCAAGAUUUUAUUCCGCGAACGAAUUCGAUGAGUUCUGGAGCGUCUCUUGGAGGCGGUGGUGUUGCCAACUCGCAACCUACAUCAGCGCAUGUACCCGAAGAUAUUACGAGUAUGAGCUUUUCAGAGGAUGUACAGGAAGAAGCCAAUUCGUAUUUCGAAAAAAUAUAUAGCACGACAACCGCAAUGCCAGUACCCGAUCUCAUCAACUUGCUAAAGUCAUUCAAAUCGUCUCGUAACCCGCGCGAACAGAAAGUGUUGGCGUGUGUUGUGAAAAAUCUUUUCGAAGAAUAUCGAUUUUUCCACGAGUACCCUGAACGCGAACUGAAAACGACAGCGGCCGUCUACGGUGGUAUCAUUCGCGAAGGAAUCAUAGAAAAUGUGCAAUUUGCGACGGCUUAUCGAAAAGUUAUCGAAUCGCUCAAAGCGGAUCCGUCUAGUAUGUUGUGGACUUUUGGAAUAGUCGCCCUACAAAAUUGUCAAUCAAAGCUGCAUGCUUAUCCAAAAGUGUGCACAAUGAUAGCAGCACUUCAAAAUUUUGGCAAGUUCCCACAGAGCUUGAAAGACUAUGUGCUUGCUGGAAUGAAAGGUGAACUUCCCCCGGAGAGUGCUGGACGUAGCACGCCGCCGAUUUGGUCGACGGCUGCGCGAGCCGCUUCAGUUGAUCCGAAAACUGCACUGCCAGCUAAUCGGACGGGAAAUUCGGUUCUUUCGUACACCAACACGGAUACGCUUGUCAAUGCAACGGAGAAAGAUGGCGCCGAAAUUGCGAAGCCCGAUGAAGAAAUUGUCGAUAAAGUCUCGUUUUUGUUCAAUAACUUGUCGCAAAACAACUUGACGCAAAAGAAGGACGAGAUCAUUGGCAUGAUGAAGGAGCAUGGCGAGCCGUUCACGAAAUGGUUGGCGCAGUACAUUGUUAUGAAGCGUGUUUCCAUCGAGCAGAACUUUCAACCGCUUUAUAAUCUAUUUGUGCAAGCCAUCGACAGCCCGCUUCUCGAUAAAUACAUCAAAAUGGAGACGUUCCGCAACAUCAAGAUAUUGCUGCGAACCGACAAACGAACGACUGUUCUGUCGAACUACAGCGAUAGGCAGUUGUUGAAAAAUUUGGGAUUGUGGCUGGGCGCGAUUACGAUCGCCAGGAAUAAACCGAUUUUGUUGAGUGAGCUUGACUUGAAAUCGUUGCUUCUUGAAGCCUAUUACAAGGGCCAAGCCGAGCUACUGUUCGUUGUGCCAUUCAUCUCGAAGAUUUUGUUGGCGUGCAGUAAAACUGAUUUGUUCAAACCGUCUUGUGCCUGGAUUCAGUGUAUAUUAAAAGUGUUAGCGGAAUUACACAAUGAGCCCGAUUUAAAAAUAAAUUUAAAGUUUGAGAUUGAGGUGCUUUGCAAAGAGCUGAACGUGGAUUUGAAUAGUCUGCCGAUUGAGGAGAUCUUGAAGGAUACUGAGAAGUUGGUUCGCGUUCCGCAGCAAUUGUGCGAGGUCAAGGUUCUCGGUCGUCCCGAUGUUCCAAGUCCGGUUCCAUCGCAGAAUCGUUUGGCUGGCUCGACAGAUCCACUCGUCUUGUCGCCUGCUUGCUCGCUUGAUGCUAAACCCCCUACACCACAACCGGAAGGAAAUGAUUUGCUGACGGGAGCCGCUGGAGCUGGAAGCCAGAAUGAUCAGGCAACUCCGAAUGUCAAUCGAUUCGCUUAUCACGACAUCAAUGUGUUGACGUAUGAUGGACUGAUUCCACAUUUGAAGUUGCAGCAGCAUUUGCCGCUCUUCCAGCUUCAUCCACACGCUAAACAUCUUGUGCGGCCUGCUGUCACUCAUGCCAUCAAGGAAUUGAUCGGGCCAGUGACGGAGAGAGCGUUGAAAAUCGCGAUGACAGUGACGGAGAGCAUGGUCCGCAAGGAUUUCGCAAUGGAUCCAGAUGAGAAGAACUUGAAGUUGGCCGCAUUCCACAUGAUGAGGGCUAUGACUGCUGGAAUGGCGAUGAUCACGUGCCGAGAUCCACUUGCUAGCACGAUGAUUGGAAAUCUUACUCAAACGUUCCAUUCAACAUUGAGGACGGCUAGCACUAAUCCAGAAUUGAAAGCUAUGAUCGACGAAGCGGCCCAACAAAUAACUGCUGACAAUGUUGAAUUAUCGACGAAUUUCAUUGUGAAGACUGCUUGCGAGAAAGCUUCUGCCGAGAUUGAGAAACGUCUUGAAGUCGAAUAUCAGAAGCGGAUUAGCGCGCGCGAAAAGAACGAGAAGUAUCGCGAUGAGAACACGAUGGCGAUUCAGAAGAAACUUCCGCCACAAAUUGCGAUUCCACCAGGAAAUGUCGACAAGGCCAAUAUUGCCGUCUAUGAGCAGUUCAGCACCAGAAUUUGCGGAUUCAAGCCAACGAAUGAGGAAUCGCCGGCGUCGUCGGAUUCUAAUGGCACUUCCACUGGAAGUAUGAAUAUGGGUGCAGCGGCGAAUAAGGAGCUGGAGACGAUUGUCGCGCAAAUGCAGAGCGUCGUCAAGGAGAUUGAUCAGACCACAACGGCACAGCCGCAUCUCAACUAUGUCGCGUUCCAAGCUGUCUGCUUCAUUCGCGAUUUGCUCAUGAACGUUGUUACGGUCCGUGAUCCACAAGCUCUUGUCAACCUCAUCAAUCGUUCCGUCGAACACUUACUUCAAGCCUAUCAUUUUGAGUCGCUUUCGAACAAAAACUUGCUUGAUGUUGAAUGGACGAGACGACUUCGUGACUUGUUUGUUGGUGUCAUGAGGCUUCUUCAGGCGCAUUUCGCGCUUCCUGACUUGUCGCGACGUGUGACGACAGCGGUCAUCAACAUUCGUUCGGAUUUCAAAUGGAAUAUGGAGGGAAUAGAGAUUCUAUUCAAGCAAAACUUGAUCCAGACAGCACUUUGGGAUCAGCAUCUUGCGGCUUCCAUGGAGAGCGGAGGCAACAUUGAAGCUACCCUGUUCGCGCAGAAAUUCAUUCGCAAUCUCGGAGCGGGUGAUAUCAACAAAAUCACAUUCCUCAAAGAGAAGUUCCCGCUGACAUGCGAGCAGCUCGCUAAACUGCAUCAGAUGCAAUCGGCCACUGGGCCGGACACGAGCGGCGUUAACGUGUCGGUGGCGAACAACACGCCGCUUCCCGAUGGAGCGAACACACCAAUUGAGAAUCUCGCGCAGCAACGCGGCUAUGAUGAUCAGGAGAUGACGGCGAAGGUUGAGCUCAUUCUUCGCGAAUGGAUUAGCCUUUGCUACACGGCCACUGGGCAGAGGAAUCCGCAAGAAGCGUUGUCGCAAAUGAUUCAAUUGAUGCAUGAGCAAGGCGUUCUUGCAACCGAUGACAAAAUCACACAAUUCUUCCGGUUGUGCGUUGAAAUGUGCGUCGAUGUGUCGGUGAGACUCAUGAAGUCGGAGGCGAAUGCUCCAAUUAUUGGAACGGCAACCUAUACCCGUCAACGAUGCUAUUAUACACUUGAUGCGUUCGUGAGACUCAUGGCGUUGAUGAUCCGUCAUUCGGACAACGGACAAUCGCAAAACAAGAUCAACCUUCUCAAGAAGCUUUUGAACAUUGUCGUUGGAGUGUUACACAUGGAUCAUGAGGUUCGACGAUCGGACUUCAAUGCGAUGCCGUACCACCGAAUUCUCAUCACGUUGUUCAACGAGAUCACUGGACCAGAUCCGCAACGACUUCUUGAGCCGAUUGCGUGGAGCAUUCUGGAAGCUUUUGGACAGACGUUCUUCGCAUUGCAACCACGCAGAGUUCCCGGAUUUGCGUUCGCUUGGUUAGAUAUUGUUGGGCAUCGCAAUGUUAUUGGAAGACUACUUGCGAACACUGGAAUUGCGGAAACCGUUGAUCCGGUGAAGACCGCCGCAACAUUUACGCAGCUCAUCAUUUCGCAUCUCAAGUUCUUGGCGCCGUUCUUGCGAAACAUCCAAUUGCCGAAAUCGAUUGCGAUCUUGUACAAAGGAACACUUCGCGUGCUUCUCGUCAUCUUGCACGAUUUCCCGGAGCUUUUGUGCGAAUUCCACUAUGUGAUUUGCGAUACAAUUCCGCCAAAUUGUGUUCAGCUGAGAAAUUUGGUGUUGUCGGCGUAUCCAAGAAACAUGCGACUUCCUGAUCCGUUCGCGUUGAACUUCAAGCAAGUUGACAAUAUUCCGGAAAUGGCGAUUGAACCGAAGUCAAACUUGAACAUGGCUACGAUUAUUCCGGAGAGCAUUCGCGUUCAGCUUGACGAGUACCUUGUGAAUCGAUCGUCUGUCGAUUUCUUGUCGUCGUUGCCAUCGCUAUUGCAAUAUCAACAGAGCACGGCCGGUUCGAAAUACAACACGACGGUGAUGAAUGCGAUCGUGCUGUAUGUUGGAAUUCGUGCCAUCGAAAGUCUGCACGCCAGACGGCAGAGAAUUUCGAUUCACACGAUUGCGCACACAUCGUACAUGGAUAUUUUCCAGAAUUUGGCGAUUCAACUGUGCACUGAAGGUCGAUAUUUGCUUUUCAACGGAAUUGCGAACCAAUUGCGAUACCCGAACGCGCAUACGCACUACUUUAGCUGUGUGUUCUUGUUCUUGUUCAGAAAUUCGGAUUGUGAUGCGAUUCAGGAGCAAAUCACUCGAAUCUUGUUUGAACGUCUUGUUGCUCUUCGUCCGCAUCCGUGGGGUCUUUUGAUUACAUUCAUAGAGUUGAUUAAGAAUCCGACGUAUAACUUUUGGAAGUAUGAGUUUACGAGAUGCGCUCCUGAAAUUGAAAGAUUGUUUCAAAACGUUGCGAAUACCUGUGUGCCGCCUCAGCCAGCUUCGACAUCGGCAGCGGCGUCUCAAAUGAAUGCGAGCUCAGUGUCGGCCGAUUCCCGAUCAUAA